AUGAGCUCCACGGCCUUCGUGCGCUGCGCGCUGGCAGACCCGCAAGGCCCGCAGCUGCGCCUCUUCCUCGGGCACUCUGGCUGGGGCGCCCGCCAGCUUGACGGCGAGUGGAGGGCGGGGGCGUGGCGGCUGUGCGGUGCGACGGCUGCGGCCGUCUUUGCUGCUGAUGGAGCGCACGGGAGGCGCGAGUGCGUUCUCACGGGGGCUGCGUUCUCACGAGCUGGCCACACCCUCCUAGGCUUCUCGCUCUGCACGCAGAUCCCGCAGUCCGAGGAGACGUGGUCCGAGGCGCGAGGUCAAGGAAGACCUUCGGAGCAGCUAAGGGCGGGGGGCCAGGACUGGGGCGAGGAGCGCGACAUCGACAUAGUCGACUGA